AUGACGGCAAUUAACUACUAUGAGCGUAUAACGGAGGUCUAUCGUUUGGACAAUACUCCAAUCUUGAUCGCUUCUGCCGUCAGCUUCAUCAUCGGCUACCUCCAGUAUACCUACGUUGUCAGGCUCACCCUACGUGAAGGAAAGGGCCCGAUGCCCUUCUGGAUGCAUUCAUUUUACCUCGCGCACGACUCGACAUGGUCUUAUACCCUUGGCAAGGCCGCCUCUCAGUACGGGGAGCACUGGUACCUGAGAGGCACGUCAAUAGCGCUCUUCCUCUGGACGAUGCUGGAAGUAUGGACAAUCCAUCGAUCCAUCACCAAAGAGCGCGAUGCCAGCUUUGGGAAUGUCCUCGGAAAGCAGCCAUCAAUGUCGGCAGCCAUUACAUACGCCCUGGCGCUGCAGAUGGGCAUGUACUCGAUCGUGCUUCUGGCCAUUGAGUUCAUGGGUGAGGGAUCCGUCAUGCAAUGGUUCUGCUUCACCAACGUCCUGAUCGUCCUUGGGCCUACGCAUCACUACUUGAGGGCUGGGUCCCGGCAUGGACUAUCUCUCGGUUUCUGCGUCGUCAACAUCAUCGGCACCAUCUGGACCUUUGCGCCUUUCGGGUUCUUUGUGCUCACUAUUCCGGAAAUCUUCGAUCAACAGUUGUACUAUGUCAUUGGGGUUAUUCUCACAGUGUAUUCCGUUGGGUGCUUCCACGUGGUAUCCCAGUAUCCGAGCAAGACUAGAGUCAUGGAUAAGGGUGGGAAGCAGCCAAUCUGGUAG